GGAUUGCUGGUGAGAUUCACACACGCAUUAAUUGUUGUAAAAUAGCACUUGUUGAUUGCAAACAAGUUCUCAUUGUCCCCAGCUGUGCGACGACGGACAACAAUAAACUAAAGAAAUAUAGUCACAUUGAUAGACUGAGGGACAGAUACUUCUCCAGGCCGGCUCUCAAAGGCCUCCUCAAUGGACGCACUGAAAAAAGAUAUUACUAUUUACUGCCGCUGGGGUCUGUUUGGUGUGCAAGUUAAACUUUGGCCGGGAGUCUAUUGUCUCCAAUGUCUAUCAUUUAAUGGGAACUUUGACAUAAUGAAUGAAGGGGUUCCACCUUCUGUCCCGCAGAAAGAGCCCACUCUUAUCAGAGCGCCGCGCCUCGGCCAAUCACAGACUCCCAGGGAAAGAGCGCAUUGUUUUCUUUGUGUUUUUUAAUGAAGUUAACUCACACACCAGUGGGAGAAACUCUACACUCCAGAAUGAUCUCCUAAAACGAACGAGGUACCUGAAAGACAUGGCUGGAUUUCCUCCGAGGCAUCCUGGAUUUGGGAAUUCCGGGAAGUGUUUUCUCAUAGAGAAUCUGCUGCGUCCGGGAAGUUCCUCACCUGCAGCAGGUGUGCGUUUCCCCGCUCUGAGUCUGAUGCUGAAGUGUGUUUCUCACAGCGGGGCCCCUGAGGGCCACAAGGGCCAGCAAACGAAGGACGGGGACGUUAUUCAGCCAACGCCAGUUAUAAUGGCUGGUGUCGCUCUGCCCUGCUGCUCUGGAUCUGGAUCUGUGAUGUCAUCUACUCCUCUGUUCCCUAGGGGCGUCGGGUCUGUACUGUGGAGUCCAGUGCUGAACUCCAGGUCUCGGCCGGGAAUCCUGCGACGAGCAGUGUUCUCCGAGGAACAGAGACGAGAGCUGGAGAAAACCUUCCGCAAACAGAAAUACAUCAGCAAGACAGACCGCAACAGACUGGCCACGGACCUCUGUUUGAAAGAGACACAGGUGAAGAUCUGGUUCCAAAACCGCAGAAUGAAGUGGAGGAACUCCAAAGAGAAGGAGAGCUCGUUCUCACGGCCGCACAUGGAGCGACUGAUGGUCUGGAGCCAAUCAGAACCAGCCGACACGACACAUGUGACACACACUCACCUGUACACAGACGAGCGCUGCAAAGAUGAUUUAUGACACACUCUUCUUCAAUUCAGAGACUCUUGGUGCAAAACAUGGAGAGCUGGAAAAUAUUGCUGUUUCUGCAAAACCUGGACAUUUUACAAUUGUGAUGUACUGUGGAAAAGUCACAAGUUUCGGUAACACUUUACAAUAAAUGCAUUAAUUAACAAUGCGCAAUACAUCUGUUACAAUAUUUGUCCAAUAAAUAAUAUUAAAGCUAGGGUAGGCAAUUUUGGAGAAGCUAGCAUCAAAAAUCACAUAUUAUAUAAAAACAGUAUGUGCUCGCAGGUAUGCAAAUACAUACGUUGACAGGCAGGAAGGACAUCCUAUCAUUGCAUUCGGACUGAAUUCACCGAUUGGACAAACAUUUUUGGUCCACAGAUCCACAGAUGAUAUAUAUAUGUACAUUUAAUAUUCAGACCACUUCUAUUAUUGUUUGCUAUCAGGAUGUGAAGAUGUUUUAACCAGUAUAACAAAAAGUGUUUGUGGAAAAACAUUGCCUACCCUACCUUUAACUUUUGAUUUUAAAUAAUGCAUUAGUAAAUCUUGAAAUUAACAUAAACUAAUAUUAAUAAAUGCUUUAGAAUAUUUGUUGUUGUUAGUUCAUGUUGUAUUAACUAAUGUUUAUUGUAAAGUGUUACUGAAACAAGUCAUGAAAUUUCACUGGUGCAAAAGUGUUGGAAAAUAUGGCAAAUGUGAAUAAUUCAACUGCUCUUUAUCUUAAUUUUGUCUUUGAGCUUAACUUGCAUAAAGUGUACAUUGUAAAUUCUGAAUUACGAUUAGUUGAGAAGCUUUACUUUUUAAAUAAAAUGAGUUGAAACUGA